AUGCCUCCCAAACGCGGCGCGAAGCGCCAACUGUCCGCCUCAGCCGUUACCUCUGAUGUGCAGCCGGCGUCAAAGAAAGCGAAAGAUCCCUUGCGCGAGCCGCAUCCCUUUUAUAAAGACGCAGAAGAACAUGGCAUCGUCCUUCGGAAGUACUACCCUCACGAGAUGAGCAAUGAUCGGGCCCGCGCCUACAACAACAACGAACUUCCCAGGCCCAUCGAAGAACUCACCUCUGCGCUGGCCGAUACAUCCAUGACUCGUAAGGGCGUCAAGGUGGGGGCUGCCGUCGUGCACUGGUUCAAGAUGGAUCUGAGGCUAUCAGACAACACGUCGCUCCGCCUGGCGAGCGAGAGGGCCAAGGACGCUGGUGUGCCUCUGAUUGCUAUGUACAUUAUCAGUCCUCAGGAUUUCGAGGCCCAUCUGACGGCUCCUAUUCGUGUUGACUUUACGCUACGAACAUUGGAAAUCCUGAAACACGACCUCGCUAAACUGGACAUUCCGCUUCACAUUGAGACUGUUGAGAAGAGGAGACAAAUUUCUGAUCGCAUUGUCGAACUUAUGGGAGAAUGGGGAGCGACACACCUCUUCGCCAACAUGGAGUACGAAGUCGACGAGCUACGGAGGGAAGCCAAGUUGGUGCGCACAUUCGCUGACAAAGGCAUGUCGUUCGAAGCCGUGCAUGAUACCUGUGUUGUGCCCCCGGGCCAAUUGCAGACUGGCACCGGAAAGCAGUACGCCGUAUAUACGCCAUGGUACCGAUCUUGGAUGCGCCACGUCCACGAAAACCCGGAUCGGUUGGAACUGUUUGACCAUCCGAACAAGAACCCCAGCAGUGCAAAGGAAAGGUUUGGCAACCUAUUCGCGUCGGAAAUCCCGGAGGAGGUGCCGAACAAGACCCUCGGUGCUGAGGAGAAGAAGCGCUUCCGAGCACUUUUCCCAGCCGGAGAGCACGCAGCUCGCGAACGGCUGGACAAGUUUUGUGACGGCAGCAUCAGCUCUUACGCAGAUCGGCGCAAUAUCCCAGGCGACAACGGUACCUCUUCACUCUCGAUGCAUCUUGCCAGCGGGACCAUCAGCUCCCGGACUUGCGUCAGGACAGCAAGGGACCGCAACAAGACAAAGAAACUCGAUGGUGGAAACGGCGGCAUUCAAACAUGGAUCAGCGAGGUAGCCUGGCGGGACUUUUAUAAGCAUGUUCUGGUUCACUGGCCCUAUGUCUGCAUGAACAAGCCUUUCAAACCCGAAUACGCCAAUAUUGAAUGGUCUUAUGAAAAGGAUGAUUUCAAGGCUUGGUGUGAGGGAAAGACAGGUUUCCCGAUUGUCGACGCUGCCAUGCGUCAGAUGAUCCAUGUGGGCUGGAUGCAUAACCGCUGUCGCAUGAUUGUCGCAUCCUUUCUCUGUAAGGAUCUUCUAAUCGACUGGCGCAUGGGUGAGCGGUUCUUUAUGGAGCACCUGGUGGAUGGUGAUUUCGCAUCCAACAACGGCGGCUGGGGCUUUAGCGCCAGUGUCGGUGUCGACCCGCAGCCGUACUUUCGCAUCUUUAACCCUUUGCUACAGAGCGAAAAGUUCGAUCCCGAUGGCGAGUACAUUCGCAAAUGGGUCCCAGAGCUAGCAGGUGUCAAGGGCAAGGCGAUACACGAUCCAUAUGGACGCGGCGCAGGGCCGCAAGCGAAGAAAAAGGGCUAUCCUGAGCCUAUAGUUGCGCACAAAGAUGUUCGCGAACGAGCUUUGACAGAGUACAAACGGGGUCUGGGCCGGGAGGAUCUGUAG